AUGGCUUGUAAAUGUCCUGUUUUAUCAGUUGGUGACCAAUUCCUGGCCCCUGAAUACAUUUACUGUGAUAAUGCAGUUGCAGAUCUUCUGUCAAGAACUGCUGUUGGCUUUCUGACAGUUUCCAGUGUCAUUACCAUGUCAGCCCCUUUCUUUCUGGGUAAAGUUAUUGAUGUUAUUUAUACAAAUCCCAGUGAAGACUUCACUGACAGCCUGACCAGCCUGUGUGCCUUGCUGAGUGGAAUCUUUUUAUGUGGUGCUGCUGCUAAUGCUACUCGUGUCUACCUCAUGCAGACUGCAGGACAAAGAAUUGUGAAACGUUUGAGAACAACCAUGUUCUCCUCUAUUCUGAAGCAAGAAACCGCUUUCUUUGACAAGACCAGAACAGGAGAGCUGAUAAACCGCUUAUCUUCAGAUACAGCCCUCUUGGGCCGUUCAGUGACUGAAAACCUUUCAGAUGGCCUCAGGGCAGGAGCACAGGCGUCUGUGGGUGUUGGGAUGAUGUUUUUUGUGUCUCCUAGCCUUGCUGCAUUUGUUCUGAGCGUUGUGCCACCCUUGGCUGUCCUGGCUGUGAUUUAUGGAAGAUACUUGCGAAAACUUACUAAAAUGACCCAAGAUUCUCUUGCAGAAGCAACACAGUUAGCUGAAGAGCGUAUUGGAAACAUAAGAACAGUUCGAGCUUUUGGGCAAGAAGUGGCUGAAAUGGAGAAGUAUACAAAUAAAGUUGAUUAUGUGCUACAGCUGGCUAAAAAAGAGGCACUAGCUCGGGCAGGCUUCUUUGGAGCAACUGGCCUUUCCGGAAAUUUAAUUGUCCUCUCAGUCUUAUACAAAGGAGGAUUACUAAUGGGCAGUGCCUACAUGACAGUUGGUGAACUCUCAUCUUUUCUAAUGUAUGCUUUCUGGGUUGGAAUAAGCAUUGGAGGUCUAAGUUCAUUUUAUUCCGAACUAAUGAAAGGACUAGGUGCUGGUGGACGUCUAUGGGAACUUAUUGAAAGGAAGCCCCAACUUCCAUUUAAUGAGGGAAUCACGUUGGGCAAAGACACAUUCAGAGGUGCUUUGGAAUUCAAGGACGUUGAGUUUGCAUAUCCAACACGUCCAGAAACAUCCAUUUUCAAAGAUUUUAGCCUUUCCAUUCCAGCUGGCUCUGUUAUGGCUCUGGUUGGCCCAAGUGGUACAGGGAAAUCCACUAUUGUAUCCCUUCUGCUGAGGCUGUAUGAUCCUAUCUCAGGCACUAUCACUGUGGAUGGCUUUGAUAUCCGUCAGCUAAAUCCACUGUGGUUCAGGACGAAGAUUGGAACAGUGAGUCAGGAACCAAUUCUAUUCUCCUGUUCUAUUGCUGAAAACAUUGCCUAUGGUGCAGAGGAUCCUUCUACUGUGACUGCAGAGGAGAUUCAGAAAGUUGCUGAAAUAGCUAAUGCUGCUAGCUUUAUCAGUGAUUUUCCAAAAGGGUUUGACACUGUAGUUGGAGAAAAAGGCAUUCUGCUUUCAGGUGGACAGAAGCAACGAAUUGCAAUUGCUCGAGCUCUGCUCAAGAAUCCUAAAAUUCUUCUGUUAGAUGAAGCAACAAGCGCUUUGGAUGCUGAAAAUGAGUAUCUAGUGCAAGAAGCUCUGGACCGGCUGAUGGAAGGGAGGACAGUCCUAAUUAUUGCUCAUCGUUUGUCUACUAUUCAGAAUGCUGAUUUUGUUGCAGUCCUUGGCCAGGGUAAAAUUCUUGAAUGUGGAAAACAUGAGGAACUACUUGCAAAUCCAAAUGGACUUUUCAGGAAACUAAUGAAGAAACAAGCUUUCCUUCAGAAUAGUGAUAGCUUUGCAUUAGAUUUACAAUCCAGAGAAAAGGAUGUAUUAAAAGAAAAUGUAUGAGAGGAUGUAUGAAUAAUGGAAGCUUACGAACUACAAAGAGUAUAACUUAUGUUUGAGUUAUGUAAAGUAAACGUUAUAUUUUUCCAAAAUGUACAAAAUAUUCUUUUGAAACUUAAAUGUGUUUAAACUUUUUAUUGAAAGCUUUUUAAUAAUUAUUGCAACUUUUUAA